AGGCUGGUGGGAUUGUGUCCCGUGGUCUUCUGGGCAGCUCUGAACCGGGAUCCCGUGGUUCUGGCCCAAGCGGCUGUGCCCUGGGCAAGUGCUGGAGUGGGACCCGGGGAGGGGGGUCAGGGCCUUGAUGCCCCCCAUAGAGCCCUCCAUGCAGUUGGGCCUCAGCCUGCAUUAUCUCCCCAUUUGGGGGGCUCUGGUCCUUGUCCUGGCCUCUGCACUGGGGCUCUGGGAUGCAGCUGGGACGGGCCCUGGCUGGGCUCCCUUGGGGUACAAAGCCCGUCCUCCCAGAGCCAGCCUGAACACGGGCCAGGGGCCAAACAGACCUGCCGUGUGGGUUUUUCCCUGAUCUGGGCAGUGUCAAGAAGUCACCUUGACCCAGGGGGAGGCACUUCUGCCUCCGCUGCUGAUCUCCCCCCCCCCCAUGCUCUGUGGGGUCUCUGAUACUCCCCACUUGUGGAGGGGCCCCCUCCCUCUCCCGCCCCCUGCACCGCCCUGCAUUACCAGUGAGAGCCUAGCACCCUCCCACACUGGCUCCCCUCCUGCCCGGGCGCACGGCCAGGACAGGGCCAGCCAAGGGAAGUUGGCAAUAGCUGGGAGGAGCCUGUCUUGUGUCCAGGCUUGUGGGGAGCAGGCUCCAGGCAGCAGCCAUGAGGUCCCUGCAACGGCAGCUCUGUGCCUUCAGGUGGGCCAAAGCCUGGGGACCCGGCCCGGUCCGGGCCAAGGCCACAGUGAGUGCCACAGUGCCUGGGAGGCUGAAGUCCCUGGAGGAGCUGCCCGGACCCAGUGUCCUGAGGUGCCUGUACUGGUACCUGCUGCGGGGGUACCUGCUGCACAUGCAUGAUUUGCAGGGGAUCUUCAAGCAGCGCUACGGCAGCCUGUGGAAGCAGCACACGGGCCCCUACAUGACCGUGAACGUGGCCUGCCCCGAGCUGCUGGAGCAAAUCUUGCGGCAGGAGGGGCGCUUCCCCACCCGCUGCGACAUGGCGCUGUGGAAGGAGCACCGGGACCUGCGGGGCCAGGCCUAUGGCCCGCUCACCGAGGAUGGGGAGCGCUGGCACCGGCUGCGCCAGGUGCUGAACCGGCGGAUGCUGAAGCCGACGGAGGCCGUGCUCUACACCGGGACUAUCAACGCCGUGACGUCCGACCUGCUGGGGCGGCUGGAGGCCGAGCGGCGUGGCAGCCCUUCAGGCCGGGGCGUGGGCGACGUGGCCAGCCUGCUCUACCGCUUCGCCUUGGAGGGCAUCGCCAGCAUCCUGUUCGAGACCCGCAUCGGGUGCCUGGAGCCGCAGGUGCCGCCCGAGACCCAGCGCUUCAUCGCCGCCAUCGGCUGCAUGUUCCGCGACUCCGUCUUCGUCACGGCCCUGCCCGCCUGGACCCGGGCGCUGCUGCCCUUCUGGGACCGCUACCUGCGCAGCUGGGACACCAUCUUCGCCUUCGGCAAGAAGCUGAUCGACCGCAGGAUGGAGGAGCUGGCGGCGCAGCUGGAGCAGGGCCAGGAGGCCUCCGGCUACCUGAGCUACCUGCUGGCCUGCGGCCACCUCGCGCCCACACAGGUCUACGGCAGCGUGGCUGAGCUGCUGCUGGCCGGCGUGGACACGACAUCCAACACGCUGUCGUGGGCUCUGUACCACCUGGCGCGGGACCCGCAGGCCCAGGCCGACCUUCACCGCGAGGUGACGGGCAUCGUGGGGGGGCAGGUCCCCGAUGCCCCCCACCUGGCGCAGAUGCCGCUGCUCAAGGCCAUCAUCAAGGAGACGCUCAGGCUCUACCCCGUGGUCCAGGUCAACUCCCGCGUGGCUGUGGAGAAGGACAUCAUCGUCAGGGACUAUCUUUUCCCUAAGGGGACGCUCUUCAGCUUCGCCCACUUCGCCUUGUCCCGGGACGAGCGCAGCUUCCCGGAGCCUGGACGCUUCCUGCCCCAGCGCUGGCUCCGGGCCGGGGCCGCCCCCCACCACCCCUUCAGCUCCAUCCCCUUUGGCUACGGCAUCCGCGGCUGCGUCGGCCGCCGCAUCGCUGAGCUGGAGAUGCACCUGGCCCUGGCACGGAUCAUCCAGCGCUACGAGGUGCACCCAGACCCCCGCGGCAGGGAGGUGCAGCCCAUGUCCCGCAUUGUGCUGGUGCCCGGCAAGUCCAUUGAUCUGGAGCUUGUGGCCCGGACGCCGUGAGCACCUGAACCUGCCGCCUCCCCCUUGCCCCUCAGGCUGGGUGCUCCGGGGCUGCCUAGCUUGGGUGCCGGGAUCCAGGCCUGCUUCCGGGGCUCUGAGCUGGCUGCUUCGUGCAGGUUUGGGCCGUGGCUGCCUGCUCCCCCCACCCUUUUCUCUAGCAUCUCCCCGGGCACCACGCACAAUAAAAUCCUUCUCUGCCACCCUU